AGUUCAAGCUAAAACUCUAAAGGAAUCCUCCAUCAAAAAUAUGGAACUACCCCUCUAAUUGGAAACCUUUCUUACAUCGGUCUUUUCUGUAAGUGACCCACAAUAAUGGCCUUGGUAGGAAACCUUCUGCAAAAGCUUGACACCUCCGGCUAUUCCCCGAAUCUGCUCCAUCUGGAGGUCCAGAAUUGGAUCGUGUUCCAACGCAACACGUUCGACUACUUUGACGUGGAUGAAGAACCAUUCACUUGUCAGGUCUUCUUAAUUGAGACAUCCACGGGGCGUUACAUCCAUCGAUCACAGGGGCAAAAGGUAGAUUUAGGGAUCACUUUAGACGCAGACUUACUUGUAGCCAAAUUAAUACACGCAUUUCAAGUGACCCAACCCUGUCAAGGAUACCUUUGCAAUCAUGACGCUGAGAGUCAGGAGAGUGAUACAACAAGUGUCACGAUCUCAAAGUUCCCUUACCCGCGAAAGAUUUCUCCAUCAUGUCAGUUUUAUGUCGAGACCGGUGAGGUGAAAGUGGAAGGUCAUGACUGGAUAAGGCCGAUUUGUCCUCCUUGUCAAGAGGCCAAGAUCGAAGAUGAUGCUGAAACCAGCGAUAAUCGGCAUCGAGAAUUCAGUGUGAAGAGUUCAGCUAAAGGCCAGGAAAGAGAGAGUGCUGAUGAGGCCUUGUUCCCUUCACUCUUAUCGGAUGGAGAUGCGGAUGUGUUGGAGGAUCAAGAUGAAGAUAAUUCGGUCUUCGGAUUCUCCUAUGAACCCGAUGAUGACCCUGACGCUGUGCUAGGUGUUCCUAGCUUGCGGAAACGUCCUCGAGAGACCCAUCUCCGUGCGAUAUUAGACUCACCCUCGCCUCAACAUAAGCGGUUGUUGCCCUGCAAUCAUUGUGGAGAGACUUUCUCAUCCUCGGGGGCUUACAACCGACACUUGAAACGUAAGCGACCACUCACUUGUCUAGAAUGCGACAAAAGGGUGGGUACAUUUGCGGAUUUACUCAAACACGUCAGUGUCAAACACCAGUCCAAACGCAAGGACUACCUCCGAUUUGGACAACAAGGCCUUGAAGAGAAGAUGAUGAAAGAGCCCAAGAAGUGUACGCUGUGUGAUAUGACCGUGAAUGGAAAUGUGCUGCUGUUUCGACACAAGGAGAUCUACCAUGAAUUGGGCGACUUCAAGUGCUCCGCUUGUCAAGAACCGUGCCUGACUUACUAUGAUCUCGCCAUUCACAAUUACCAACGCCAUGCCCAGCCCACCGAGUACCUGCCCCCUCACAACUGUGGUCUAGAUGUCCUCACUCACCCGGAUGGCCGAAUUGAGAGGCGACGGAUCAACUUUGCUUGCCAGUUUUGUCCCGCUACAUUCUCAUACGACAGUGGAUGGACUCUGCAUAUGCGCAAUGAGCACAAUUGGGGCAUUUUUGAGUGCAAACCGUGCGAUGAGGUGUGCCAUUUUGGCAAGCACUUCUCUGCCCACAUGCUCAAUUUCCAUGCGGAGAACCCGGAAAUCAAGUGUCCAAAUUGCUCUGAGAUGUUCUCACUGAAAGACAAUCCGAGCAACUUUGACGAGCAUUACCCUAAAUGCCGGUAUGAAGAUCGAGGAGCUAUUUUGGAUGGAGAACACGCGGGAAAGAUGAGCAAACCACAGGCCCUAAAUCAAUGUCAUCUGUGCGGGAAGAAAUAUGUCACCAAGACCUCAUUUGAUGCCCAUCUAAAGCAACAUCAAGGGAUUGAGCGGUACAAGUGCACCCAAUGUGAUUAUGGGACCAACCACAAAUCGGUCUUGUUGGACCAUGAGCGCAUGCAUCUGAGGCAGCAAGGAUUGACCAAUGCUGAUACGGAUCAAGUGCUGUAUCAUCAAUGUGAUCAAUGUGGGAAACAGAUCUCUAAACGACAUCAACUCCAAGCUCAUAUCAAGAGGGUUCAUCAGGGAAUCAAGCCCUCAUUUCCAUGUAAAGAGUGCGGGUCAGUGUUCAGUUGCAAGACCUCCCUGUACCAACAUCGGAGACAGGAGCACGGGUUCGUGUCCCAUUAUAAGAAAACCGGUAGGCGACUGGUCAAAGGAUCUUGAUAAAUGGACGUGAUGAAUUCACUUUGAAGUGGACUUAGGGGCCUUCAUGGAGUCCAACAAUUGACCAACCCAAAUGAGCAACUCGACUAACGACGUCCGUCAAUCCGGUGCUAAGGAAAGAGGUUUUUUUUUACAAAGAUAUAUAGUGUAUUUAUUAUGCUUA